AAUAAGUGCAAGUCCAGCAAUUAAAAUGAGGGCCCUUCUACAUUUAUGAAGCUCUAUUUGAUUAGUUUUAUUGUAGUUCAGCCAAAUAUUUUUAGGAUUCAGGUAUUUCACUAAAAAUUAGGCUUGAGCUGUCAAAUAACUUCUGCGGUUUUCAUUUUAUAUUCUUAAAAAAGUUUUCGUGAAAAUCUUCGCAAAAAUAUAUGCAUUUUCUAAGAGUUUGGUGGGAUGUGAUGGAGGUAUGGAUGGCAUGUGGACUUAUUGGAAAGUGAGUGAAUGAGACCUGCAUUUUUUUUGUUCUCUAUCUUCUCUGUUUGCGCGUUCUAUCUUCUCUGUAUGCGGGUGAAAGGCAAGGAUAUGCAUGGGUGCCUUGGAAUUCAUGAGCAUAUUCUUUUGAUUGUGUUCUCAGAUUCCAUUCUAAUUCUAUGUUCAGUAUAAAUGUUUGAUUCCUUGCAGAUCAACAAGUGUGUUGUUUCAGGAACUUGAAGAAAAUUAUUGUGAAGAUUGAGGCAUAGGAACCAUGGAUCUUGAGCAUGGUAAAUGUUGGGAUACCUCAAAGAAAGAUUCUUGGAAGACACUGUUGGUUUUGGCUUAUCAGAGCCUUGGCGUGGUAUAUGGGGACCUUAGCACGUCCCCGCUCUACGUUUACAAGAGCACAUUUGCAGAAGAUAUCCAACAUUCAGAGUCCAACGAAGAGAUUUUUGGUGUUCUGUCAUUUGUUUUCUGGACUCUCACUUUGGUCCCCUUGUUCAAGUAUGUCUUCGUUGUACUUAGAGCUGAUGACAACGGAGAGGGCGGUACAUUUGCAUUGUAUUCCUUGAUAUGCCGGCAUGCAAAAGUUAGCCUUCUGCCCAAUAGACAAGUUGCAGAUGAAGCAUUAUCCACCUACAAAAUGGAGCAUCCUCCAGAGAAGAAUAAUAAAUCAAAGGUUAAAUUGUACCUUGAGAAGCGCAAGGGAUUGCAUACUGCAUUGCUGAUAUUGGUACUUCUUGGUACAUGUAUGGUGAUUGGAGAUGGACUGCUCACUCCAGCAAUUUCUGUUUUUUCUGCAGUGUCUGGCCUUGAGUUAUCCAUGUCCAAGGAACAUCAUCAAUAUGCUGUAAUUCCAAUUACUUGCUUCAUCUUGGUUUGUCUUUUUGCACUUCAACACUAUGGCACGCAUCGAGUGGGAUUUUUCUUUGCUCCAGUAGUGUUGACGUGGCUACUAUGCAUCAGUGCCCUUGGCUUGUACAACAUAAUCUACUGGAAUCCACAUGUUUAUAAAGCUCUUUCCCCAUAUUACAUGUUUAAGUUCUUGAAAAAAACAAGGAAAGGCGGGUGGAUGUCUUUGGGGGGAAUAUUGUUGUGCAUAACAGGUUCAGAGGCAAUGUUUGCUGAUCUUGGUCAUUUCUCUUAUGCUGCAAUUCAGAUUGCUUUCACAUUUAUGGUUUAUCCAGCACUUAUAUUGGCAUAUAUGGGGCAAGCUGCAUAUCUGUCGCAGCAUCAUGAUGACAAUAGUCAUAUUGGUUUUUAUAUUUCAGUUCCAGAAAAAUUGAGGCUACCGGUGCUAAUAAUAGCCAUUCUUUCUUCUGUGGUUGGAAGCCAAGCAAUCAUCAGUGGAACAUUCUCUAUCAUAAACCAGAGCCAGUCUCUUGGCUGCUUCCCAAAAGUGAAAGUUGUUCACACAUCUGAUAAGAUACAUGGCCAGAUAUAUAUUCCUGAGAUCAAUUGGAUUCUCAUGGUUCUCUGCAUUGCUGUGACCAUUGGAUUUAGAGACACAAAACACAUGGGGAAUGCAUCAGGACUAGCAGUGAUGACAGUAAUGCUAGUGACCACAUGCCUUACAUCCCUGGUUAUCAUCCUUUGUUGGAACAAGCCCCCUAUCUUAGCGCUUUCAUUUCUACUUUUCUUUGGCUCUGUUGAACUGCUCUACUUCUCGGCUUCCCUCACCAAGUUCACUGAGGGUGCCUGGCUUCCCAUCCUCUUAGCCCUCUUCCUCAUGACCAUCAUGUUUGUUUGGCAUUAUGCCACCAUUAAGAAAUAUGAAUUUGAUCUUCAUAACAAGGUUUCACUAGACUGGCUUUUAGCCCUAGGUCCAAGCUUAGGAAUUGCUAGAGUUCCUGGCAUUGGCUUAGUUUUCACUGAUCUCACCUCUGGCAUCCCUGCAAACUUUUCACGAUUUGUCACCAACCUUCCUGCCUUCCAUCGUAUCCUUGUAUUUGUGUGCAUAAAAUCAGUGCCUGUUCCUUAUGUGCCACCUGCUGAGAGGUACCUUGUGGGCCGUGUUGGCCCUGCAUCUCAUAGAUCUUACAGAUGCAUUGUUCGUUAUGGAUACCGUGACGUGCAUCAGGAUGUUGAUUCUUUUGAAUCUGAGCUUGUAGCUAGGCUGGCUGAUUUCAUCAACUAUGAUUGGCAUCGAGCACAUGGGACUAACUCAUGUACUGAGGAUGAUGCUUCUCGAUCCAAUGAAUCAUCGAGUGAAUAUAGAUUGGCAGUAAUUGGAAGCAACUCAUUAUCUGGCAUACCAGCUUAUGAGAUUGAGGAAACUCUGCAGCCAGCAAGUGUAUCUGGCGGAUUUUCGACAGUAGAAAGUAUGACCGAUGUCAUCGAAAUGGAACCCACAGUUGAAAAAAAAGUAAGGUUUGCCAUUGAUGAUGAGCCACUAUCUGAUAUGCAUCUGCAGUUAAAAGAAGAGCUAGAAGAUCUGUUUGCAGCUCAACAAGCUGGUACUGCUUUUAUACUAGGGCAUUCGCAUGUUCAAGCAAAACAAGGGUCAUCUCUCCUGAAGAGAUUAGCCAUUAAUUAUGGGUAUAACAUCCUUGGAAGGAACUGCAGAGGCCCAGAUGUGGCACUCAAAGUUCCACCAGUGUCUCUUCUUGAAGUUGGCAUGGUUUAUGUUGUGUAAUAAUUUCAUGUAAGUAAUUUUCUAUGCUUAUUUUAUAUAGAGAAAAAACUGAACUGUAGCUAGAGGAAAUUUAAAUUAAGGCAAGGUCUGUAGAGGAAGGUCAACUUGUUUGUAGAGAGUCAUCUUCUAUCAAUCAUUUCCACAUCUUGAAAUAGAAAAAUGAAAUUAUAAGAAAAA